AUGGUCGAUAAGGAAGGUGUCGUAUCCCGUCCUACAGGAGAGGUAGUGACGGUCGCUCUCCCGGUUAACUCCAACGAGGUAUACACCGAAGAGCUCCUCGAGUCCGAACGUGAGUUAGUCUACUUAUUAUUUGCUGCAACAUUUCUUCCAUCAACUGAGAGAUUGGAUUAUAAGCUUCAAAAUCCCGUCGGAAUUUCGAGCAUGGGUGGUCAGAUGGGUCUUCCAAGGCCAUGGCCACUCUUCCUUUUUGUGCUUGCUGGUUUCCUAUUGUGCUUGGGUUCUGGCUUUCCUCAUCAUGCUGUAGCCGGCUCUGUACAACGCGGGAACGAGACUGACCGCCUAGCCUUGCUAGCCUUCAAGUUUGCUAUAACCAGUGAUCCCUUCGGAGCUCUAAACUCGUGGAAUGAAUCCAUCCACUUUUGUCAAUGGGUUGGUGUAACAUGCGGCCGCAGGCACCAAAGGGUCACUAUAUUGUCAUUAACUGGUAACAAGCUUACCGGUUCUAUUUCGUCUCAUGUUGCAAAUUUGAGCUUUCUCAAGAAACUAUGGUUGGAUAACAACAGUUUGAGCGAUGAACUCCCCCCAGAACUUGGCCGCUUGAGAAGACUUCAAGCAUUCUCAGUGCUUAAUAAUUCCCUUACUGGUGAAAUUCCCGCCAAUAUGUCAGGUUGCUCUAACCUCAUUGGUCUUGAACUUACUGGCAAUAGGCUGGUAGGAAAAAUCCCUGUGGAGCUCGGUUCUCUAACUAGGCUCGAUGGACUGUAUGUUGGAAAAAACAAUCUAACAGGAGGAGUGCCUUCAACGUUGGGGAAUCUGUCAUCUCUUACGAUACUUUAUGCGAGUGAUAACAGUAUUAGUGGGAGUAUACCAUAUUCUUUGGGUCGAUUGGGAAACUUGCAAGUUCUUGCGUUAGUGUUCAACCAGUUGUCCGGUACUAUUCCCUCCUCAGUAUUUAAUAUCUCUUCUAUCGAACAAUUUUUGUUGACAGCGAACCAAAUUCAAGGGAGUCUUCCUUCGAACCUGGGAAAUAGUCUUCCCAAUCUCCGAGGACUUGGUAUUACUGAAAACUUAUUGAUUGGAUCGAUUCCAAUUUCAAUAUCUAACGCCACCAACCUACGUUUUCUUCAGUUGGCAGCAAACAAAUUUAUUGGAAAAGUUCCUUCUUUAGAAAAGCUGAAUGGCCUUGAGUAUUUGUCCUGUGCUUCCAAUCAUCUGGGGACACGAAAAGCAGAUGACUUGAGCUUUCUCAACUCAUUGACCAACGCAACCAAUUUGUUGGGCCUGCAGCUGGGUCAAAACCAAUUCGGAGGUGUGUUGCCUGAAUCAAUCUGCAAUUUCUCUACAGGUUUUUUGCAAUUAUGGGUUGACUUAAAUGAGAUAGGUGGGAGCAUCCCAACUUGUAUAGGGACUCUGAUCAGUCUUGGCUCUUUUGAUCUUUCAAACAAUCAUUUUCAAGGUAAAAUUCCUUCUGAUAUUGGGAAGCUUCAAAAGUUGUACUCUCUGUCUCUCUCGGAUAAUAACUUCUCUGGGGAAAUCCCAGUGUCCUUGGAAAAUAUAACGUCAUUAGCCAUGCUUCAAUUAGCCGCAAAUAAUUUUCAUGGCAGCAUUCCUUCAAGUUUAGGAAAGUGCCCACUUUUACGGUUGAAUUUAGGUGGGAACAAUCUUGUUGGCACCAUUCCCCCAGAGCUUGUAAGUCUCUCAUCACUGUUGUAUUUGAACUUGUCUCAAAACCAUUUGAUUGGGACCUUACAAGUGGAAAUAGGGCGUUUAAUAAAUCUCGAAACACUAGAUGUUUCAGAGAACAUGUUGUCUGGUAAAAUUCCAAACACUCUUGGUAGUUGCGUAAAAUUGAUGUCAAUAUACUUGGAAGGCAACAAAUUCUCAGGAACCCUUCCUUCAUCUCUACGUCAUUUGAGAGGUAUGGUGGAGUUAGAUGUUUCUCGGAAUAAUCUCUCGGGAAAAAUACCAGACUAUUUCGAGGGUUUCCCCUUCUUACAGAAAUUGAAUAUAUCGUUCAAUAACUUUGAGGGUGCAGUACCAGAAAAUGGCAUAUUUAAGAAUGCAACAGCUAUUUUUGUUAAGGGAAACAACAAGCUUUGUGGGGGUAUACCUGAUUUGCAGUUGAGCAGUUGCCACCUAAGUGGAUUUGGUAAGAAAAGAUUUACGCCCUCUAAGAAGUUAAUAAUCCCCCUAUCUUUCGGAGUUUUAGGACUAAUAAUACUUGUGGUAUAUUUCCUUUAUCGUUGGUGGUUUAGAAAUGGUACAGAAGUAUCCACUUUUAGAAUUUUUGGCAAGUCAUUUUUGAAGCUGUCCUAUCGAACUCUACUUAAAGCGACUGAUGGGUUCUCUCCAGACAACUUGGUCGGCGUUGGUAGGUUUAGUUCGGUGUACAAAGGAGUUCUUGAUCUUGGUCAUGGUGACACAAUUGUUGCAGUGAAGGUAAUAAACCUUCAAUAUCGUGGAGCUUUCAAAAGUUUCAUUACUGAGUGUUCGGCUUUGAGGAAGGUCAAACAUCGGAACCUCGUAAAAGUUAUCACAGCAUGUUCAAGUGUUGACUAUCAGGGUAAUGAUUUCAAAGCUCUUGUUUAUGAGUUCAUGGUCAAAGGGAGCCUAGACGAAUGGUUGCAUCCAAAUGAAAAUGAGGCGCAUGAGGAGUCAAGGACUUUAAACCUUUUACAAAGGUUAAAUAUUACUAUUGACAUUGCUUUUGCACUUGAUUAUCUUCACCAUCAUUGCUCUGAACCAAUAGUUCACUGUGAUUUGAAGCCGGGCAAUGUUCUACUGGACAAUGAAAUGAUUGCACACUUGGGUGAUUUUGGGCUAACAAAAUUCCUUCUAGAAGCAACGUCUGAAUCUUCUGCAAAUCAAUCAAGUUCCAUUAGCAUAAGAGGGACUAUAGGUUAUGUUGCUCCAGAGUAUGGCAUGGCAAACGAGGUAUCAACCUUCGGUGAUGUUUACAGUUAUGGUAUUCUCUUAUUGGAGAUGUUUACAGGGAAGAGACCUACGGAUAGCAUGUUUAGUGGUACUAUGAGUCUCCAUAGUUUUGCCAAGAUGGCUCUUCCUGACCAAGUUGCAACCAUCGUUGAUCCAACAUUGUUUCAACAACGAGACAUGGGGGAGGCAAGCUCGAGUCUCUACACUCCUGACCGAAGCUCUCCUAGCAGUCACCAAAUUCAUGAGUGCUUGGUUUCAAUACUUAAAGUAGGAAUCGCCUGUUCACAGGAACUGCCCACUGAUCGCAUGGACAUAAAUGCUGUUGUUUCCCAGUUGCAUGCGAUCCGAAAUAGUUUGCUUGGAACUGGCCUUCAUCGAGACAGGAAAGCUAGAGCUGAAGUGUGAUCAUUAGUACGUAUGAUCCCUUGAAUGUCUAGUGACUUGAGAAACAGAACAUGCAUACUAUUGAAACCAUCGAAUUCCUGCUACAAUCCAGCAAACUUUGGUUUCUUAUAUGGCGGCUCACAACAAAAAAUUCCUUACCACUCUUCAACUUAAUUUGGUUUUCCAAAGUCAGCUAGCUAUGAUCCCUGUCAUUCAAGCACAAUAGUUCCAUUGGCAAAUGGAAAAUUCCUUUCCCCACUUUUUGUCCUUAUUUCUAUCAACAAUUGUAUUUUGAAGAUACUAUGUUGGCUCCAGCUUCCAAAAAAGGUGAAAAAGUCCAUUUGAGAGCUGCCGUUUCGAUGUGGCAAAUGCAGGGGAUGCAUUAUCUGCCAUUUAGUCAAUAAGAUGCCCAAAAAUCUGAUUUUUAAGCUGCUACAUUUAUUCGAUAUAUGCCCACACAAGUUUUUGUUGUCAUGU